AUGGAGAAGAACAUUUUACCUUCCGAAGAAUGGUUGACGGAAACGAUGAUAGAUAGUUUCUAUGCGCUACUCGAAAGAAAUUCUGAUUAUGCACCUCGACCUGUACGAAUUAUGUUUGCGAGGAAACGUAUCAGGCAACAAAUAUUGAAAAAUAAAGUAGCGAACGCAUUGACUGAUGCUAUCUGCGUAUAUGUUGAGCGUAAACGUUGCAACAUUCUAGCGGUUAGAAGAUCUAUCGGAGAACGCUUCGAAGAACGAAUACAACAAGAUGUUUGGGAAUUUUUCACGGCUCUACCCCUUAGGUCCACUCAAACGCUCUCUGUUUCAGGUGCUGUGUCAACUCCAAAAAAUUGUAAAGAAGAAGAACAAUAUAAAAUGAUUAAAGAAACAAACAUAUGGUGUGCAGUACCAGCGUGCACAAAAAAAUUUAAUGUAGAAGAGCGUCAUUUUUUCCGAUUUCCGAAGGAACAUGAAAGAUGGUUGCAAUGGAUACGAGCAUGUGGAAGACUGGACUUAGAACCAAAAGGUCCAGAAUAUGCAUAUCACAAUUGUCGGUUGUGCCAUUUGCAUUUCGAAGAAAAAUGGUACAAAAUAAAUAAAAUGAGAACUCGUCUUCAUCCAGAUGCCAUACCGACAAUAUUUUUUGUACCAGAAUGUGGGAAAGAAAACACAUUUGGCAUGGACAUUGAAGACGAAGCAGAAACAAAUAAGUAUGUUAAAUUCAAAUGCUUUGAAAAUAAUACAAUAGAAUAA